ACGAGUGCCAGCAAUGGAUCGCACUGAUCCAAGUGAUCCAAGUGUGUCCCAUGAUAUAUGCACACCCAUUUGUUGUGUUUGUCAAUUUCGUGUUACAAAUGUGAUUAAGCUGUGUUGGAUUUGUGUUUUGUAUGAAAGUUGAUGAAACUAAGGUUUUAAGCAGAAGUGUCAUAAGAAUGUUUUAUUACUCAGACUGGUGCUUUAUAUAACAUGGAAUCUAAAAAACACAUUUACCAUUUAUGGGUUCAGUACACAACCAAGAAUGAGGAGCAUUUCUUCCGGCAGUUUGUGAUGGGGUUUGUCUCGAUAUGGAAAUCACAGUUGGAUUUGGAUUGGAGCAGGAUACCUGAUUGGUUGGCAGUGAAACAUGAUUCAGGCCCUCUUCUGUCCAGAUUACCAGAGGAACUGCUGCCAGCUAUUGGAAAGUUCAUGUACCUUGCGAAAGAGGAAACAGAGAAGGAAUCUCUCAAUUCCAAGUCACUGAAGGAAGUGGAGUUGCUGGUGCAAUGUCUGAUUAUUAUCUGUCGCAACUUUGACAACAUUCCAUUUAUUGCUUCCUGUAAUUAUGUUAGCGAGACUGUCGGCAUUGCUGCCACUAUAAUCCACCAGUUGGUGGAGCAUACUGCAGAAUUUGGAGAUGCUGGUCCUUCAUUCUUCAUUAACUUCUGUCACUUUCUGGAGUGCCUGUAUGAUCCGUAUUUCACUUGGAGGCAUUUCCUGGCAGGGAAUCCUGUGGACUUUGAGAACUUGCCAUUUCAGCCUGCUCUCUUACAUGUGGAGGUUGUGCCAUUCAUAUAUGAUUGUUUCCAGACACCGCUCAUUGAGCAGUAUCCUCAACUGAGCACAGAACUUGUUCACAUUCUGGGAGCUAUCAUCUCAGGAGCACAGAGUAUGAUAUUAAGCUUUAAACCUCUCAGUUUAGAUGAUCGAAGAGAAAGCCUAGGUAAUUCAGCUCAUUGCUUGAAUGAAGGGCACAAUGCGCUACGUGCUAUUUGUCCUGCUACAGUGAAUAUUAUUAUGGGUAUUAUAUCACACUCAAAAGCAAACACAGAUGUACGAUGCACUGCCAUUCAGUGUUUUGUUAUGAUGAUUCAAGUGCUCAACAAGUCCUCGCCUGACCAGAGGCAAAUUGAAGUUGGAACCAUCAUCCAGCUGUACCAGGAUUUACUGAUUGAACUUGUCAUGAAUGAAUGGCAUGAGAAGUCAUCACAGACUCUGUGUGAGAUGGUGAUUGCAUUGCGUUCCCUCCUGACUGACUCUUGGACACGCGAACAGAUCCAAGGGGUGAUGGUGGAUAAUCAUGUACUGGACACAGUCAUCACAAUUAUCGAGGAGAGCACGAGAUUUACGUUUGAGAGACAAAUCUUGGCAUCCGAAUGUGUCAAGGCUUUGACAUCAAUGUUGGUUGGCUCAUCUGAUGGAAAGGAAAAACUCGUGCGAACUUCUGGGUAUGAGCGGCUCUUCGCAGCUCUCAGAAGUAUUGGCCCACCGUCAAAGGGGCUGCUUCAUGCAUUGCUUACCAUGGCAGCUGAGGAGGAACCAUCUGAACAGAGCAAGCUCAAGAACGCGGAUGUGUUGCUGCUGAUAGUGAGAUGGCUAGGCAGUGUAGAUGCAGAUGAUCAACAAUGGCUUGCAGGAGAGUCCUACAAACUUUGCACAUCUAAUCUUCCAAGCAAGACAUUGGCGUGUCGGCAAGGGGUCAUCCUUGCCAUAUGCCAGGCACUUGAGGAUCAUGUGAAGCUGAGUCAGAAAACGGCCAAUGAGCUGAUAAAGCUACUAGAGGUGCUGGCAUCUCACUCCAUCACCCCGUAUGAACUGAAGCAGACAUUCCUUUUGCUCAGGGAGGACGCAGAUUUGAAAUUCCCAUACCGAAUACAGGUGUUGCACGCAAUUUCAUCUGUAGCACGGAAAAGCGACUUUGUGGAUUGUAACAGCUACUUUGACAUUCAGCGAGACUCAGAUGGCAUCAGUGUGUCUGGUAUCAAGAAGUGGCCAGGAGCAGGAUAUGGGUUCAGUUUUCACUGCUGGGUGCAGCUGGACCCCAUCAAGGAACCACAGUCUUUGAGCCCAGCCAACUACCGGAGGCAGUUGUUCAGCCUACUGACAAGUGGAGGAACAGGGCUCGAAGCUUUCUUCCGACCUGAUGGGGCCCUUGUAGUUGGUAUCAGCACAAAGAAGGAAUUCCUCUCUGCGUCGGUCACAGACUUUCCUCUCAUAGAGGGGCAGUGGCACUGUGUGGACAUUUGUCACAUGGCUGCAAGGAGACCAUUUGGGCAGAGGCAGCUAACAGUGUAUAUAGAUGGAGCACAACGCAUGGUGGCUAGUGUGAAGUCUCCGGCAAUGACAGAUCCAUUUGCUUUUUGUACAAUCGGUUCUGUGGUGCAGAGGCAUAGUAACUCCAGUGGGGCCGUUGUGGAUGGCAAGUCAGGUGAUAGGGGAGGACUGCUUUCUGGUGGCGUGAUGGAACGAGGUCUCCUGCCAACACUCAUCAAUCAAGUUCCAAACUACUUUACCCUGCCCCUGCGCUCCUCUACACCCCUCGAUCCCAACGUGAAGAGCUUCCCUGCCGGCAUGCAGGACACCAUAUGGGGCUCACCCACAAGUCUCAAGGGACAGGUUGGACUUGCGUGUCUCUUUCAGGAGGCGCUCACCCCACAGCAAGUCAAAACUUUGUAUGAUGGAGGUCCCAACUGUUUUGCUCUCUUUGCACUGGAGGAUGUACCUGAGUUUAUCGAGCUAACAAACAAGCUGGUAUUCUGCUUCUCUCCUGCGGCAUACUGGAACAACCUGUGCCUGGACCUCACACCUGCUAACAUGUAUGAGGGACAUGUGGUGGCGGCCCACUGCCAGACCUACAGUAUCAAGAAUGCGAUCAAUGGAAUCGGAGGAGUUCAUGCUCUUUUCCCUAUUCUGGAAAAUGCCUCCACAUCAGAUGAGGGCCCUGACCUUAGCUUCCUGUCACCAUCUGUUGAAAAGGAGUAUCGCUUGAUUGAGGGUCAUGAAGGUUCUGUGGACUCGGAUGAGUGGGAGAUCCUGCCUUCCAGCUCGUACUCUGAUUGGAAGUUGGAGCAGAAUCCAAUAUCUGGGUUUCUGAGCCUCUUGAAGAACAUAAUUGCUGGCAGUCCUGUCAAUCAGGAGCAGCUUAUGAAGAAUAAUGGGUUGUUGAUCAUUGGAGUUCUUCUGACAAAGGCGAAGCCGCACCUGAUCGAUGUGAACGUGUUGAUGGCAGUGCAGCUGCUAGUCGAGAUGGCUCGAGACAUACCAAACCCCGCACUCCGCCAAUCUCUGUUUCAGCAUAUUCUGUUCAACUUCAGAAUUUGGUCUCGUAGUCAGUUUCACAUCAGGAUAGGUCAUGUGCAAUACAUCUCAACUGUGGUCAAGGAUGAUCGCAGAUAUUUCCGUAAAAAGUAUGGUGUCCAGUUCCAGCUGGAUGUUAUUCGUCAGUAUCACUCAGCAUCUGAAGUGCUGAGUUCUGAUGACAGCAAGACAAUCUGUAUGUCACUUCUUGGUCUUGUCAAGUACUAUAUACAGAAGGAACCGAAUUUGAAGGAGGUAGCAGCCAUUCUGGGUUUUUUGUCCUCUGUGAAGGAAGAAAUUCUGCUGCAGGAGGUGUUGGAAAUGUUGAUAUCAUACUUGGAGAGCAGGAGUUGCAGGGACCAGGUAUUUCUGCUGCUCUGCGAACCUCACGGUGCUGAAACCCUCUACUGUCUGCUUGUUGAGAAGAGCUUCAGCAUGGAACUCAAGCAGAAAGUCCUCAAGCUGUUGUCAGUGUUACUGCGGUCAGACUGUGUGUAUGAGCGUGACAAGUCUCGACUCAGACUGCAGGAUACAUCUGUGCUGGGAGGGAAGUCCAUGGGGAUGUACCCUGGGCUGAUCGCCUUGCUUCAAGACCAGCAGUUCUCCAUGGAGGUCACUGCCCUGCUUCUCGACCAGAUCCUGUCCGCAGAUAGCAGUGGAGCUUAUGCCGGGGCACUCUCACUGCUGCAUGCCUUGUCUCUUGCUGACCUUGACCUGAAGCUGGAAGCUGCACGGAAAAUCCUCACUGCGACAUUCAUGAAGGCCAAUGCUCCCCACCACUUCGCCAGACAAGUGGGUUGGCAGGACUGCAUCACUCGACUCCUUGUGAAGCGAUCAAUCAGCACCCCAAAACCACAGCAGAGUGGAUCUUUUCCUGACCUCAUGUCAUUUGAUGAAGAGAAUUUGGAACUGGAGAAUACCUCAUAUUCUCCAUCGUCAGUGUUGAGAAUUUCAACGCAUGUCACAGAUGCAGCCUUGGUCUUGGAAAAUGAGAUUAAAGAGGUGGCAGACACUGUGACAAGCGCCGUAGCUGACAACAUACAUUAUGCAGCUGAUAACAUAACCUCAGUUGUCGCGUCUGCAUACUCUGUGUUCCGUCAAAAAACUUUCGAGAUGCAGGAGAGCCUGGAAGAGUUAGGAGAAUCUGCUGUCUCACGGUUAAAGCAGCGUCGCAGUCUGAUCUCUCUGUAUGACAGUGCCUCAGACCGGGAAUGUUCACCAUCACCAUCACGGGCUUCUCCUCGCCCAGUUCGAACACCACAGUUGCUUGCAUCCCUUGGUCUGGACUUAGAUGCCCUCAGUUUGGGGAACAGGUCUGGCUCGAGCAGCAGCACCGAGGACCUGUCAUCACCUAACCAGAAUGACAACACUGCAUCCACCAAGGAUGACAUCAGCAUUGCAUCUGUGCAGAGCAUCAAUGAGGAUCAAGAGGAGGGGCUCAUGUCUGUGGCACUGAAGCAGUGGAAGGAAAUGGAUGCUGAGAAACUAGUGGACCAGGAGGAGGAACUCUGUUACCUGGUGGCAAACAUCCUGUUCACAGUGCUAUGGAGGGGAGUGGAAGGAGCCAGCAAGGAGGCCUGGAAGGAACGUGGUCAGGUUAUGACAUGUGUGAACUUCCUUGGGCUGAACAACGAGCUGUACUGCUCACACCUACAGCUGAAGUUGCGGAUCCUGGAGAUGGGUGUCCAGGCUUCGCUUUCAGAUCUGCGAGAUGUCGGGCAGACAAUGGCGCUGUCAGUCCAGGCAGAAAAUGCUGCUCAGCUUAUGAGGUGGAUCUAUGACCUUGUGGUGCUGGAUCCCAAUGAAGAUACUUCAAAAAAAACUUCUACAAAGCUGCUGGACGGUGUACUUGGCCUCCUGGAUGCUCUCCUGGUGUUCCAGGAGGGACCUGGUGAAGAGUGGAUGGAGAUGGCUAAGAUGGCUUUUGGCAUCCUGCUGAGUUGCUCUGCUAACAGCAACCUCGAACUCUGUGCCAUGGCAACGGCCAAGCUUCACACACUCAUACAGACUCGCAACAUGAGGGAGCCUGAGGAGGGCGCUUAUCUCCUUUACUUCAUGAAUCGGAUAGUGCAGAAAACUAUCAAAGUGGACAACCAGGAGCAUUAUUCCUUCCUGAUCCCUGUGGUGAAAGCCCUGCUUGAGAAGUUGAAUGUCACCUUGGGGUUGGCAAAUCAUCUGCCAGGUCUUCCCCAGACACAGGCCGGACCUGCCUUCUUCGAUGAUUUCCAGUGUUACUGUCAAGAGGCCCAGUGGCAGACGUUCAUGGAGAAGAAGGUGAAGCCGUUACACGACGCCUACCAGGCGGCGCUCAACGCCCAGCUGACGGAAGCCAUGAACGUAUUCUGGGCCGAGUGCUACGAGAGCUCUAAGACCGCUGUGCACCGGCGCAACAGGGAGGUGGGCGAGAGUAAGCUGAGAUUCCAGACCCAGAUGAUGGAACCGUUCCGACAGCGGCAGACAGAGGACGGCGCGCGAUACAACAACCUGCUGAACCAGCAGCGCAAUCAGGAGCUCCUAGUGCGGCGAAAGUGGCGCCAUCUCAAACAGUUCUUCAUCGGGCCGCGAGGAGCGUGGCGGUCAAGGUGAGUACUGGCCCUGUCUGUCUGCCGAGAUGCCGCUGGGUGAGUAGGUGCACUCUGCU